GUCCUUCGUGACAGACGUAUCCUAGCUUCCUCUUUUUCCCGGGUUUCCUCUACAUACAGCUAUCGACUUCCUGUGUGACCAAUUAGCUUUGAAAUACCGUUCCACGGUUUACCACUCGUAAGCGACCACCAGUUGGAUUGUGUCAGCUGCUCCAAAGCUCAUCGACCACAGCUACCAUGCCCAAUAAUGGGUGCUUCUGAUUGAUUGGUUUGACGAUCUACUGUGAAGUGAUUUUCGGUGGCGGUGAUUUAUGCAGUGUGUGCAACUUGUGUACGCAUAAGCAGUGUGGCCAUGUAAAAUGUAGUGCGUCAUCGAAGCGUGAAGAAGCAUUCUGUGUUCCGGUUCGGUACAUUAACUGUGAGCUGUGCAAGGAAAUGAAAUCACAAUGCAAGCAAUUGAAGCACUUUAAUUUAAUACCUACCCAAGGGACGAUCGCAACACCAAGGCUAGGAUGCGGAAAAGACCAACACGCUAACACUGUUACGUGUCCUACCAUACACCACCAUACCGCCACAAACAGGACACGACGUGGACACGUUAAAACGAACCUUUAAGUGAACCAUUCUUGCCCAUCCCCUAUGUCGAGUCCGUGUCUGAGCCUCCCUUCCAAAAUCGACCACCAAUAAAUAGCGGUCAACGGUACGAGCAAAACAAACGCACCGAAAGAAGAAAAAAAAGACAUCCACCCACCCAAAAAAGGGCAUUGCCUAGCGCGGCACGACCGAUCAUCACGGCACGGCAAACACAAACAUGGACAACCUAACGGCCGAGCUGUCAAACUUCACCGCCAGCCCGCCGACGGAUGGUUUCGUGGGUCCGGUGACAGCCGGCCAGCUGGCUGGCGCCGUCAUGUCAACGCUGCUGGUCCAGCUCGUUACGGCAGCAACAAGUAGUGCCCGGACACCACCAACACCACCGACUACGGACGACCGCGACUACCAUUACUACGACCCGAAACCAACAACGGCGUCAGUCUCCCCGGCCGGGCUGGUGGAAGCGAACGGGACCGAGCCUAAUUUAUGGUUCGUAACCUCGUUAGCCCUCUCCUCACGCUCGCAGCAGCAUCAGCAACAACAGCAACAGCAUCAACAACAGCUCCAACAGCAGCUGCACCACUCGACCACGGGGAACAGCGGUGGGACGGAUGGCAGCGGCGGCGGUACCGGAGAGGUAUCGCCCGUAACACUCUCAACGGAAUGGCCCCGUCUCGCCCGGCUGCUACUGCUCGCCUGUCUCUCGGUUGUCGGCAGCAUCGGCAACGUCUUCAUGAUAUCGUCCGUUAUGAUAGAGGACCAUCUGAAGAAAGCAGGCAAUGCAUUCAUAGUGAACAUAGCGCUCGCAGAUUUACUUAUCACUAGUGUAGUGAUGCCAGCGUCCACCAUCGUCCUACUGGCUGGUAUCGAUAAUUCCGACACGGAAGUAUGCCAAUUUCACUGGUUCUUAGCUGCUUGCUCGUUUUUGGUUAGCAUUUUAACAUUAGCCAUGAUGGCGGUUGAGAACUACCUGCGGCUGUGCACGUUCCAGAACGAGCGCGGUUGGUUCAACAAGACCAACACGACCGCAAUCCUGCUGCUGAUCUGGGCGGUGGCCUGCAUCUCGUCGGGCAUGCAGUUCGUGUACGACAUCCGGUUCGACUACUGCAACUGGCGCGUCCACCAGGCAAUUCCGCACGAAGCUGGUGUGGUCGGGCUGAUCGUGCUGCUGCCACUGCUGCUCACCUUAAUCACACACAUUCGCAUCAUCGUGGACGUGAAGCGUACGAUGGCACUGCCGAACUUUAAACCGAGCCUCGCCUACACCUGGGACCUGUCGCUGGCACGGACAAACUUCUACAGCUUCCUGAUCUUCGUCGUCUUUUGGCUACCGUUCUGCAUCAUCUUCGCCUACGGUACGGCACGGUUCGUCUCGAACCGUGUCUUCUACACGACCGUCUGGAUCGGGUUAUCGAAAUCCUGCUUUCACAACGUUAUCUACUGUCUGACCAAUCGCCACUUCCGGAGCGCCUACAUCAGCCUGUUCAACUACUGCUGCUGCAAGACGACGGUGGCCGUCUCGAGACGUCAGCGGGCGGAUGGCAAUCGGCCCACGGCGGACGUGCGCGUCCACAUCAUACCAGGGUACAACAUGUACUCGUACACUAGCCCGCAACGGUCCGGCAACUGCCAUGGACACUGGGGAAAGCGCGACUGUCAUGAGUUAUGAUCGGAAACGUAGCUAAAUUAAUCGAACCGCACCGCUCCGUCCCACAGUGCGAGCUGCGCGGGUCGAUUAAUUUAAAACGACCAACACGUACCGGUGAUCCCGUUCACUGUGGGUUCACAAUUUUCGUUCCAUUUCGUGCGUGCAUACUGGCCGGGUUUUUGCUCGAUUCAAGGAUUACUUUAGUACGGGUGACUGGAACGCGUGAGACCAUCGGCAGCUGUGCUGAUGGGCGGUUACUUUCUUAUCGCUUCUCAGCCCCCGAUAGGGUUUGGAAUAAACCCGUAUAGAGAGAUCAGUAGUUUUUGGAAAGAUGGGUGGAGACAGACGAUUUAACGUACGGAUUUUCCACACCAUCCACAGCUGGCUACACUCACACGUGCUUUCGUAGCAAAACUAUUAUUAUGUAUUAUCCGAUGCCGUAGUGUUUGGGACGUCGUGUCCUUUACUUUAAGAUUAUUAACUGCUAAUACUUUAGUUUCGAUCGGAAACAGAGAUUUCCUCACUUUAAACAAAUAGAAAGUUGACCUUCGAAAAUUCAUCCAAAUUAUUUUGUAAACAUCCUUCUGAAUCUACAGCGAAAGAGAUUACCAAAUGAGAAACAAUAUAAAAAAACAUUCUUCAUAUUAUUUAUCAUACACGCCAAGCGCUAUAUCAUACACGAUGAGGGCCUAAUCCUUACGGGCAUAGUCACAAUGUCCAAUGAAUGCUUAUCUAUUGCUCACAGAAAUAAAUAUACAAUUUAUUUUUGCUGCAUCUGUUAUACUUAGACAUUGCAAGUACAGCUACUAUAAGCAUAAAUCUACUACCAGAACUACUACUACUACUACUACUACUACUACUACUACUACCACCAGUACUAUCCUUAAAUGUUCCUUCUUAUAAAAAGCUUGUUACAUAAAUGUGCUAAUAAUUGCUGUUUUGUGUUGACUAUUUAUUCUUAUUGUUCUGACCAGCAAAUAUGUAGUCACAAAAGACAAACUAUACACCUAGUGUUGUGCAAGUGGAAUGCAUUUGUUUAACACAACAACUACAAAAAAGCUAAGGAAUGAAAACAUCAUGUUAACCACGCUCGUAUAGUAAAUGGACAGCACGUUGGAAAAGAGAGCACACAAAUUAAAGCAAAUAAACGUACACUUAUCAUAAUCCGAUUUAGAUGGUACGUCGUCUACGUUCUGCGGUUUGGGGCUGUGGAACGAACCCCCAUAGACUUGAUGUAUAAUCGUGACUGUAUGUUAGGUUACCAAUAACCGGGCGACAUUCUCCACAAUAUGUCCCGCAUCAUGUGCCCACCCCCUCACUCUACCAUUGAAUUGGAAGGAACCGAUAAGUAGAAGGAAUUGUGCUAUUUAACAGACACACACACACACGAAAGGGAAAGCGUGCACCUGACUGAAAAGUGUAAUGCAGACCAAGAGUUUAGCACGUUUGAUAGAAGUACAAUGAACAAUGCAACACGCCCACGACAGUUAGCUGCAUAAUGUUCUGGAGCAGUUUUUAACAAUUUAAAAUGAAAAGAGAAAAAAAGAAACAUAAUCCGCUUAGUAGAAAUUGGAAAGCACAAAAAAAACAACUUGUAACCGACCAGAGGGCACACACGUGGGGAGGGUGUGGGAAAGAAAAGCAUACAAUAAACUAUACAAAACGUGAUUUGCGUCCCCGGGUGCUGGAUGAAGAUACAGCAUGUGAGUGGCAAGUGUGUAGUAGCUUUUUAUUUUGCUGUACCGGAGCUAGUGCACUCGAUCACUACCAAAGACUACUACUUUGCACGAAGCUGAUAGUAAUGUUCGGGGGGCAUCUAGAGGGCAGCAGGUAAAAAAUAGGGGAGAACUCACUAUUUUAAAAUGCAUAUACACAGUUAUAAGCGUAUUUUUUUGUAUAUACAUACUAUAUACAGUAUACACUAUACACAUUGAUGGAAGUAUAUUUGUAGGUCGCUGGCAAAGCGUUUACUCGUAGUAGAACCAACCAGAGGAAGAUUAACAAAAACACCGUGUGAUUGUUAAACUGUAACUUAAAUAGAUAUUGAAUAUUGGAGCAUUUUUGUGAGGCAGUGCAUGAACAAAACCCGAAGCUGUAACAAUGAAACUUAAAUAUCAAACUGGUGGCCCACGGUCCGUCGUUUCUAAAGCGAAAGAUUCUAAUAUAAUAAGUGGGUAUACCGGUGCAGAGUUGAAAUGGCAAAAUUGAGCAGAGGAAGAAAGCAGAAAAAUACACACACAAACACAGAAACCCAAAGGCAGAAUGAACCCAGGCAUGCAUCCUUGUGGAUGGAAAACCAAUACGAUUCUAUGGGAACAAUAGAAAUCAACUGCUAGGCGAGAGCGUAUGGGUGCACUGUGCUUCAAUAAUGCAACACAGUUCCCGAACGAUGGUGGACCAACAUUGCAUUUUAUUUUUUUCUUUUCAUUUUGUUUUAUUUGUCGUUGAAUUUUCUUCCUACGAUUGCGUUCCGUUCGAUGACUAACAUGCAUGCAAACAGUCAAAGUCAUUCGAAAGAAUACUACGAAAAGGAAGCAGGCCGUAGUUGGAAGGAACUGUACAAAGAACUUUCUUAUCCAUGUCCUUAUCGUCCCUUUGUCCUUUUGAUCACCAUCGUUCCUGUUCAUGUGACUGUGUCGUUAACGAUGUUUGCGAAUGGAAAGAAAAAACGCAUUACACACUAUGUCUUCUCCUUGCCGAUAGCUCUAGAUCGAAAGCAUGGAAGAACUAGUUCCUUUUGGUUACGUUUAAUUUCCUUUUACAAAAAAAUGAUCCACCAUCGACCUUGGGUAGAGACCGGUGAAUAACUGUCCGUAUGUGUGUAUAUGCAUGUCUUUAUGUAUGUAUGUCCGUGUUUUCCGCAGUUUUAAAUUGCCAUUCUCGACACACAUGAAUAGCUGUGAUGAUGAUAUAGCGUUUAAAUAGUCAUAACCGAACGAACGAUGAUUCAGAUACCGGCCGCACGGUUUGAAUGAUAGGCCACCCAAAAACGCGUACUUACGUCCGAAGGCAAAUACCUCCUGCGGGAUGCCAGAGCUUGUCUGUGAGACGAAGUAGAUAAUUUUAACUGGCAUGAAAAGGAACGGACACACUCACGAAAAUACAUCCCAGAAGGAUGUGUGUUUUUCGGUGUGUAAUGAGUAAAUGUGUAGACUGUGUUUUAAUGGAUUAACUACCCACAGUGGGACCUUGCAAGUGUCUCGUAUCGGGCGGCGAGUCCGUGCGAAUAAAACUAUCACCAAUACAAUAUUCAUUGAACGGAAUGCACCACACGUGCGCCCGUCGUAUCUUGUUAAUCAAUCCCGAUGUAAUAAACCCGUUCCAAGCGGAGCGGCUACUGAUGUAUAA